AUGAUUAGAGCCGAGCCCUCGACCCAUGUUCUGCUCGUCUUAACACAACUUGAUUUGGGGAAAGAGAAGUCGCCUAUACCUCAAUGCAACUUCUCUAUAAUGAACGGCCAGUUGCACGACAAAAGUGUUCAUUAUAGGGAGGGUUCAUCCAAGGGAAGUUCGAGUAAAAAUUAUAGGAAAUCCAACAUUAAUUUCAAAACCGUUCAUUAUGAGGAGGUGUUCAUCCAAGAAAAGUUUACCCAAGAGAAGUUGCACUACUUGUUAAAUAUAAGGGGUUACCGAGACAUGGAUUGGUGUUAUAAACGCUAUAAUAAAUGUGGGAUUUAUAAGCGGAUCAUACGUAUCAAGAAAAUUGUAGUCUCCGAAAUUUGGUGUAAAAGGUCGACCCAACCCAACCCAACCCGUUCUGCGCAACAGUCUGCGCACUUUUCACCCCAACCCGUCAGCCUGUUUCUAACCCGUCAACCCGUUUUCAACCCGUUGUCAACCCAACCCAACUCGGCCUUUGAAAACGUUAACCCAACCCAACCCAACCCGUGCCGGGUUGGGUUGGGUUUACGGUUGUUUACAAUGGUGCUAUUCGUCAACCUAUUUCAUCAUAAUCGCAAUAAGUUAUAUAAAAAUACGGAAAAUGUAUCAAUCAUUCAAUUGUUGCGAAACCCAUCCAUAGUAUUGAACGCAAUGCUUAACCUAAACGCCGGUUCAAUCAUAGGCUUCAACACCACUACACUUACACUUCAUAUUUCUGAAAUAUCUAAUAUAUCAACAAUUUUUGUGGGCCUUAUUUUCUUUACGUCUGGAUUUACUUUGUUUGGCUGUCUGUCCAUUUUGGUUGGUGCUAUCAUUAUUGGGCCCAUACCUGGCAUACCACUGGCCCCUGCCAUACUAGUGGCCACAUUCGCCGACGCUCACCGUGAAAAAAUCAAGGGAAUGGUCACCUGUGCCUCUACAACAUCCAUACUAUCGUCGAUGUUUACCACAUCCGAGGCUAUGGGUGAUUUUGUUGGCCCUCUAAUCGGCGGCUCAUUUAUGGAAAACUUGGGCUAUGACUGGGCGACUGUGCCAUUAUGUCUGUUCCAGGUGACCCUGAUACUAUUGAUUUUGGCGAUCAAGAGGUACAACCAUGUGGUUAGAUUUGACUGUUUGGACGCCAACGACAAGAAUCUAUACGAGCGAUGCCUAUCAGACGCUCAAUGUUUGGGCACCGGUAGUGCCGCCGAUGAUGUCAACGGAGAUCAGACCGUGUUUUGCUGGCAAACGGCCGGACAGUGUGUCUGCGCCGAUGACUACCAGGAUAUGGACGGCGAGUGUCUACUGAUAGCCGACCCGUACGAUAAGCACGAAUGUACCGCUGCUAAGCCGUGUGCCGGCAAAUACGAGGCCUGCCAUAAGGGUCAGUGCAAAUGCGCCCCCAAUUAUAAAUACGAUAAAAAGACCAAGGGCUGUGUCAAGCACAAAUGUAGCGAGGACAAACACUGCCGGCAACUAGAUGAUAAACAUAUGGACUGCGAUAAAGGCACCGGGAUGUGCCGGUGCGAUAAGGGCUAUGAG